AUGCCCGUUCUUUCUAUUCACGGGAUACUCGUUGCGAUCCUACUAUUACUUCCAGUCGGCUAUGCAGCCGAUGCGGAUACCUCUGAUGACACAUCCGACUCAUCUUUACUGAGUAUGGUCCCGGACUGUGCGCUGGACUGCCUGAAUAGCUUCAUCAAAUCCGAAUUCACACCCGAACAAUGCAAAUCGCCGUCUAAUAUCCCGUGUCUUUGCCGGCAUAAAUCAACCAGCGGCGAGUCGUUGGGGGGUGCGGCUUUGAGUUGCGUGCUUUCUGGGUGUUCGCAGGAAGUGCUUACAAGCUCCAAUGCAUAUCGGAUCUGUGAUUCGGUUUCCGGUGCUCUUUCGCAAACACGUAAAACGCAUACCACGACGAUCUUAUCUGACUCAACUAUCACGAUGAAGGGAGGUGCAGCAACUACGGGUGAAGCAUCAUCGACUGACUCUGCGGGAACGACUGUGGUUUUUAUGACCUCAAUAAUGUCUUUGACGCCGACACCGGCUACUUCCUCAACUACUUCGAGUGCGUCUUCGGAUCUAACGUUUUAUAAUCCUUUGUCUUCAGCAUCUGAGACCCAACAAACAACUAGCACCGAGCCGACUUCUGUCCCUUCUAGUGACAUCUCUGCAGAUACGAACAAGAAAAAUCACCAUGGAAUCAGUGCAGCAGCAGUCAUUGGAAUGUCAGUCGCAUCAGGCUUAGCAGGGUCUUUCAUCAUCGGCGUCGCUGUAUUCUUUUGCUGCAAGAGACGGAGAAAACAACAAAGAAGCGUGUCAGACCCCCAUGUUUUCGAGAUUGGAGGUGCCAUGACUGAGCCUCCCGACUUUUCGAAACCGAUGCCCCGACUCCCAACAUCUGGCCUAGACCCCGGGUCCUCACCCAGUCCAGUGAGCUCCGAGGGAAGAAAUACACAGCAAAUGAGUUCUGUUCAACCGAUGGCCUUCAUCCGGCCACAGUCACCUUACUCUCCUGGCUAUGCUUCAGCUUCCCACCAACCUCCGAACAACCAUUCCAGUCGACAAGAGCGAAUAGGGUUCGCCAUCAGCUCAGACUCCGAUUGGGAUACGUCCCCUCGAACCCAAUCUUCACAGCACAGCGUGGCACGACUGAUACCCGAGGGCUCAAUCGGACUAUAUCCAAAGCCACUUAAAUGGAGCCACCGACCAGCCAGUGGAGAGACCCUCUUCGAAGAAGACGAAAGUCAACAAGCUGCAUUUGCAACAGGGAAGACAACACGAAACAGUCCAAAACCAGGAGUCGCACCUAAGCUCGCCGGUCUACCAGCCAACCCCCGUGCAUACAAGGGAGGAGGAGUACGAAUCCCAGCAGGACCAAGACCAGGACCCCCAAGAGCCCUCGCACCACCAUUCUCCCACACCUCAACCCUCAGAACCUCAACAUCAGACAGCAGCACAGCACCAAACGACACCGCCAACACAUCAAAUCACACAUCCACCUCCAACACCAACACCAACACUCUCCUCCCACCCUUCACCACAAAAGCCCAAGACCAAAACCGCACCGCCAACAAACCCCCAGCCCAAACCCCCCAACCGUCCCCAAUCCCAUCCUCCUCAACCCUCCCCGCAGGCUCAGAAAUCGUCUCCAAACCCCGCAUCGUACAGGGAAAGGAUAUAAAAAGAGUCCAAAUCCGCAAUAGUCCACGCCCACCCAGUGAAGUCGUCGCACCCUACUGUCCUGAUGAUCUCUGGCUAGAGCGUGGACGCACUCUUGUGCCGCCAAAAUCGAGAAAUCCUUCUGGAGAACUGCCUUAUCCUUCCGAUUUGUUUUCUGGGGAUGUGCAUUACCCUGAUAGUCCCAAGAAAAAGGCUGUUACGGUUUCCAAUCGUGUUUCUCCUACGAGUCGGAAUUUGACGCCUUCGAGGAGGGGCGAGGAUUUGAUUUUGAGGGUUGAUUGA